UCAGAUUUUGAAAUUACAAAUGAUUGAAAACCACCAUGGCACGUUAAACCUAUGUAACAAACCUGCACAAUCUACACAUGUACCCCAGAACUUAAGAGUACAAUAAAUAUAGAAAAAGAAACUACAAAUGAAAAUGCUGUUGAAGUGUUGUACCAGUUUAAAUAGCUAGGAAACGAAAUAUCAAUCUCUAUAAUCCAUCUAGACAAAAGCACUUACUUUUUAAAAGAGGAAGAUGUUUUGGGGACCAAAAGAGAGAAAACCUCUGUGAAAGAUCCCCAGCCAUGAUUGGCCCCUGCUUUGCUCUGAGCUCAUGAAAAGCCUUUGUGAUGUCAUAACAGACAGGCCUAUAUAAGGCCCUGGCUGGGUCAUGGUUUUUGGUCUGAGAAAUCCCUGGAAGCUUUUUUGGUGACCUGUGGACUCAGACCAGCUUAGCGAUUACGAGUUGUUUGGCGGGGUGGGGGGAGUUUUUGUGGGAGGGGCGUUGUUGUGUUUUUUAGUUAGUAUAGUUAAUAUAGUUGGUACUGUUUCUUAGCAUUUUAGUGUUCUUUGGGAUAGUUAGUAUUGUUAAUGUUUUAGCGUAGUCCAUAGAGUUAGAGUAGUUACUUGUAUAUAGUUAGUGUAGACAAAGUAGGCACCAUGAGGCAGGUGGAACAGCCUCCACCCCACCUGCCCUGCGGCCACCUUAUUAUCAAAUACUAAACUUUAUAGGCCGUGGUGCCUUUGGGGAGGUCACGCUGGCCCGCCACUUAAUGACUGGCACCCGGGUGGCGGUGAAAACAAUCGACAGAACCGGCUUCCUCUCUAGCCACAGAGAGAUGACUGUUUUACAGUCGGUGAGCCACCGAAACAUCAUUAAGUUAUAUCAUAUUAUUAACAGCAAAGAGGCGUGCCAUUUCGUUCUAGAAUACGCCGCAGGAGGAAGCCUGUCUAACUGGAUUGAACGAAAUAUCGUGGAGGAGGAGGAGGCCCGAGGCAUGUUCCAACAAAUGCUGUCCGCCGUGAGGUACCUCCACCGCCGCAGCAUCGCUCACCGAGACCUAAAACCAGACAACAUGCUGUUAGAUGUUAAGGGAAACAUAAAAAUUGCUGAUUUUGGAUCGGCCACGAGUUACCAUGAGGGGCAGAGGCUGACAAUAGCUCAUGGGACCCUGGCCUACAUGGCCGCAGAACUCUUCGGGGCCCAGGGCUAUGAAUGCCCCGCCAUGGACAUAUGGAGCCUAGGCGUCACGCUGUUCCAGAUGGUGUCCAACAACCUGCCCUUCUCCGCAGUGAGUCGUACGCAACUGAAACGCCUAAUUCUAUCUGGCCAGUAUGUUAGCCCGCAGUACUUUUCUGAAAACCUUAAAAGACUAAUUAAAAACCUUUUAAUGCCUGAUCCCAAUGAGCGGCCGACAGCAGACAAAGUCAUGGGGGAAUCAUGGGUGAACAACGGCCUUCACAGGAAGUCAGACCCCCAGCAUGCCCCCACGGCCUCCCUGACCAUCGAGCGUACUUGUGGAGAUUUAGAAAACUUGGCACGGCAAGCCCUCCAGUGUGACCGUGUGGCCUCCUCCAUUGUAAGCGCCAUAGGCGGUGGUGGUGCUUUAGAAACCUUGGCAGAGCAAGCCCCCCAGCGUGACCUCGUGUCUGCAGCCUCCACCAAGUGCUCCACCGGCAGUGAAAAUUUAGAAACUUUGGCUCAACCAGCCCUCCCGCAUAACCUCAUGGCCGCCUCCAUCCUGAUCACCACCCAGAGCACCGUGUCUCCACAACCAGGACACGAAGGCAGCGUCCUCCAAGCUGGGCAGCCCGAGGCUGUGUUGGCCCGGCCAACAAGAGGCUGGAGCUGCCGCAGGGCUGCCCGAAGGUGCAUUGCCAUAAUAAGGAGAUGCUGCUGCUGCCUGUGCCCACCCAAGAGGCAGAGGAAGAGGGUCCACCCAAGAGAAAAAAUUGGAGAGGACAAAGGCCCUGAGGUCCAAGAACAUUGAAACCUGAGAUGCCCAGGAGCAACGUUGGAGCCUGCAGCACUUUAUAUAAAAAAAUAUAAAAAUAAAUGUAUCAUUCUGAUAAAUGACCAUUUCUUGCUUCUUGCAAAUUUUGUAGUAGCAUUGGAAAGGUGGCACGUGGGUUGCAGACACUCUGCUGCUUUGUGCCCUCCCUGCACAGGACCAGGGCUAAGAGAAGGGCAAGGCUGGAGGCAAAAGAAAAGGCAGAUUUACUAGCACCUGCCUUAGUUGAAAGAAAAGCGGGGAUAAUGAAAGGAUGGAGGAGGACGUGGAAGAGAGCAAGUAAAAGAUAUAGCUAAACCAGAGUCUAAACCUGGUCCAGACUGGAGAACGGUCUAUAAAGAUCAUGCAGUUUACCCCUGUGCAAUACCUAGUGGUGGGAUGUGAUACAAACUGGUGGGUCACUGUCUCACACUACUACUAUUGUGGCUAUAGGAGUAUCAGGUAAAAAUGAAGAAAAACAAACCAAUCAAAAUAUGUCACUGGAAGGCAAGAGGUGUGGCACAAGUUCUUAUAUCUUCCCAGCUGCCCUGUUCCUUUGUUGGGGAGGAAUCUGCUCCAAAAACUACAAGUACAAAUUUCUUUUAAGCCUAAAGAUAACAAGACUUUAGAUUUUAAGUAACCAAAGACUAUGGUAUUAGCCUUCACAGUGGCAAUUAUUUGCUAGGGAUAUUUCUUACACAAGAAAUCAUCCCUCGCUUCGGCCUACCUGCCACCAUCCAGUUGGACAAUGGUCCAGCAUUUACUGCCCAAGUAGUCCAGCUUGGUGCUGAGUCCCUCAACAUCUAGAUACUACACAUCCCUUACCAUCCUCAGUCAUUGGGUAAAGUUGAACAGGCCAACGGCAUCCUCAAAGACCAUUUGGCCAAACUUGCUAUUGAGGUAAAACUCUCUUGGCCCACACUCCUACCUCUUGCCCUGGCCCAUAUCCGGGCCACCCCACGGGGGCCAAUAGGCCUGAGCCCCUUCGAAUUGCUGUACGGCCGGCCUUUCCUGGUUUCCCAUAAUCUCCCUGUGUGACCGCCACCACUGGCCUCCUACCUUUCGUUUCUCUCUCUCCUGUGCCAAGUACUCAGGGA